ACUGUGCCGAUGUUUUGGCUUUGAGGUGUGAACAAAAAAAAGGGAAUUUUUAACUUUUUUCAAGAGUUUCGUGUUAAAGAUAAAGGUGAUAACAGCAAAUUAGUAUAAUUUGCAACUGCCAACAUGGAAAAAUAGGCCGGAUCAUCAAAACAUUCGGAUCGUCCGACUUUCUUUUGUCUUUCCAAGUGAUUUUUAUCACUUUUGCAGAAUUUGGCUCACUUCAGGAAUUAAUCCAACUUUAACUGGCCUUAUCUCUGUCUCGAGAAUGUUAGAGGCUUCGUGGCUCCAGCGUUCUUAGCAAAACGGAACGCUCGCCAGUUUCGCACCAAGGAUUUCGAUUUCUGCAGUACAGCGCCAGAGCCAGCAAGUGAAGGGAACACAGAUCAAAAAGUUCUGAUUGAUCCAACCAGAGUGUGUGCACGAGGGAAAUGGCUGAAAUUAAAGCUAUGGAACACCCUACUCUAAAGGUCCCUUACGAGAUAUUGAACAAGCGCUUCCGUAUUGCUCAGAAAACGCUCGAUCGUGAGCUAAGCCAGAUACAGAAUGUGGCCUCCGAGUUGGAGAAGGGCCUGUCAGAGGGUUCGGCCAGCUCAGAGAUAUCGCGCCUCUUGGGUGGAGUCGUCGAACGGCUGCAGGUGCUGAAGCGCAAAGCCGAAGAAAGCAUCUCAGAGGAACUAUCCGCCGGAUACGUAUGCAAGCGACGACUGGAACAUUUGAAGCAAAAUUUCAGUCCCCCGCUUGAUGCUGCGACGCUGGAGUUACAGGCCGCCGCGACUAGCCAGUGGAAGAAAAUACGCCUUGAUCGAAUGAUCGUGGAGCACUUUCUGCGGCUUGGAUAUUACGAUACCGCGGAGCGGUUAGCCGAUCGUAGCGGCAUCCGUGAUCUCACCAACAUAGACAUCUUUCAGGUGACCCGCGAGGUUGAACGAGACCUGGUAAACCGUCGCACUGCCAAGUGCAUCGCUUGGUGCAACGAUAACAAAUCGAAGCUAAAGAAAAUCAACUCGACGAUCGAGUUUCAGCUGCGCGUGCAAGAGUUUGUAGAGCUGAUCCGGGAAGACCAUCGGAUGCUAGCGGUGCGCCAUGCGCAAAAAUACUUUCCCGCUUUUGAGCACGAGCAACUGAAAGAGAUACGCCAGUAUAUGGCGUUGCUAGCGUUCCAAGUGAACACCGAAGUAGAGCCGUAUCGGAAGUUGUUUGAUCCGCAGCGUUGGAAUGAUCUCGUGUUGCACUUUCGGCUGGAGAAUUAUCGUCUCUUUCAACUACCGUCCCAAUCGGUGUUGAGCGUGGCUGUGCAGGCGGGAAUUUCCGCACUCAAGACACCGCAGUGCUAUUCAUACACAUCGAAAAAUAUGAACUGCCCCGUGUGUCAGGAGAACGUAAACGAGAUCGCUGAGAAUCUACCCUUCUCACACUGUGCCCAGAGUCGACUGAUUUGCAGAAUUACUGGCAAACCAUUGAACGAACACAAUCUACCAAUGAUGCUGCCAAAUGGGCAGAUCUUUGGCCAGCAGGCGAUCGAACAGAUGCGCCGUGAGAACGAUAUCAUCGUCUGCCCGAAAACCAACGAAUCGUUCCGGGCCCCGAAAAUUGAAAAGGUGUUUGUUAUGUAGUAGCUUUACGUAGACACACUUUUCGGCAAUAUUAACUGCUCUUCUUUUACUACUGAUUUCUUGCCUCAUAAGUUUUCUUUCACACUUUUAACUUGUAAAGGUUAAGGAAGAACGCGAGUUUUACCCUAUUGUUUUCAAUUGUUUGAAUCAUGAAUUCAAAACACAAUCCUAUUUUUUUUUUCGUUCAACAAUUCCAUUUCAAGUAAUCAUUCUCUCAUCCCAAUUUUACCGCGCGUAUGCAUUCUAUCCAAAAUUACAAAGAAAUUGUGGAAUUUGGGCUCUUUGGGCAACGUAAUUCAAAAUGUUGUCCACUCUUCCAUUGUUUCCUAAACCUUUUCGAUGAUGUAAAUAUGAUGCUUUUUAAAUACCUAUGUUACGAUUUGUCAAUCUGACGAUCCACAUUUACCAGCCAGCCAACGACUACGAUAAGUAGGGGCUGAUGUUGAGGUGAUAUGGAAGUGUCCUCGGAAAAGAGUCAACGAGCCAAUGUGCAAUAAUGCACGUCAGAUGAAUCAUAACUAUAUUUGCAUGAUUUGCUCCUUCUUUUAAUAUCAUAAUUAGAGUCUAAGUCCACAUUCGAGAAAAGUCGAUCUGCAGAAGGUUUAUAAGAGUGUGUCAUUUUGGUUUGCUAUUCCGUAUUUUUCAAAUAAAUUUAAGUAAAAUCGUUUGCAACAAAACAAAAUGGUUUCAUAACAGCAUAGUGAUGAUCACCAAAAGAACCACAAUGGUAGUCAAGUUUUGUACAUAAUUUUAUUGGUUUAACGUCUAGUCUAUAUUAAUCUUUGUUUGAACAAUUCCUCCCAGCUCUCCUCCAUUAAUCGUAAGAAAGCCAGUUAACGGAGUACUUGUCACGUUUGUAGCAUCAUAAAGUUCCUCUUUGUAAUCGAGCCGGAAGGCCGUGUUUGGAUGAUAGCACAUCUAGUGUGGUAGCCUCGCUGUCUCCUCUCGUACAGUCCAGUGCACGGUAAACGAUAAAUGGUUUUAAGUGAGAUUCUUCAAACCACGGUCCAACAACAUUUACCUUACAAUGUCUAUUUUUAGGUUGGCAUUUUGAUUUUUACCUAGUAACCUUCGCCUGGUGGCUUAGCUAAAAUACAGUUCUGAUCCGUUCCCUUUACCAUGCCUCUGCUGCCUCUAAGCUGCCCUGUCUGCCCUUGACUAGAUAAAUUAUGUAUUAUGCAAUAUUCAAAAUAACCGCGUCUUCGAUAAUGUCACAUUAGAAAAUGUUGACGAAAUUAUUCCUUCCAAAGAGUGCCAAGUUCUCAUCGUACUUGCUGCGUUGUUGUUGCUGCUGCUGUUGUUGCUGGUGUUGAUGCUGCUGCUGAAAGUGAUGA